UAUUGAUUUUCAGAGUAGCAAAAACAACAACAGUGAAUAAUAAGAAAACAAAGUAGACGAAAACAUUUAGUGUAAAAGGACGCAUAAAACAGCCAUAUGCAUUCCUUUAGGCUGCUUCUUGUGGCGCUAUGCGCUGUCGUUGUCCACGGCAGCGACAUUACAAGCAUUGUAUUUGGCGAUAUUAAGGAAGGCGUUGUGGCAGCUUUUGGCGACUUUAAUUCCGAUGAACUUACGGACAUAUUCGUCAUACGGGACAAAAGAAAAACGCUUCAAAUACUCUUUGGUGCUGAUACGGAACCCCUACUACAUCCUGGACCCAUUUGCUAUUAUAAUAAUAAGAUUAUUGUUAGUGUAAUACCUGGAGAUUUUGAUGGUGAUGCACUGAUGGAUGUGCUGGUCAAUGUGCAGAGUGGAAAUGGCAUCUACGACGUUUACAUCAAUUGGGGCAACACCACCAAACUGAGUUGUUCAGACAAGCCAAUCAUUCAAACAUUUGGCGAAGUAAUGGCUCUUGACUUUAACCGAGACAUGAUUAUCGAUUUGUAUGGUUUGGAUACGAAUAAGACCCGAUGUUUCUGGAUAUUUAAUAACAAACGCGAUCCGCCAAGGGCCGUGCAUCAAGCGAUGCCUACUGGUGGCACAACCCAAACUCUAAGCAUUCCCAAUGCGAAUGCGUAUUUGGAUUUGAAUGGCGACUAUCUGGCCGAUCUGUUUUUGCAAACGCAUAAUGCUUACGAGAUUUGGUAUGCUGUCAACGAGCGUGAUGGGCAGGAGAAUUUCAGCUAUCAGCAGGCGAUUCCACUGCAGCUGAUUGGCAUUAAGGACUAUGCCGUGGGUCAAGCAGUUUUCAUGGACUUUGAGCUGCGUGGAGUGCAAAAUAUUGUGUUACCCUUUUGCGUACAGGAAAAUUGCCGAAAUUCAACGAUAUUCGUACACGAUGGUAACGAUUUCAACGAUGUACAUGUUAAUUUUAAGGAUCCGCAGGGUGUUCUUUGGGCAUUUGUGCCCCCUGUGGCGGAUGAUGUUUAUCUAAAGACCAUUACAGCACGAAGUGGAGACUUUAAUCUAGAUGGUUAUCCAGAUUUGCUGGUCACACUGCAGCCGUUGAGUGUGGCCAAGCCUGUGAUGCAAACGUUUCUAUUGGAAAAUGUAGCCUGCAAAACGUGCAGCAAGAAUUUUAAGCGCACCUUUGAGGUACGCUGGAAUGCCCUGGCACCCAUGGGAAAUAAUACAGUAGCAGGUGCCUUCUAUGACUUUUACCAGGAUGGUGUCCUUGAUGUCAUUCUCAUUGAAAAGAAAUCAAAUGGAAAUUAUCGCCCACUCGCUUUUCGUAACACACUCGACUAUGAUGCCAAUUUUGUAAAAGUAAUUGUGCUUACUGGACUGGUUAAUGCCCAGAAUCCCACACCUCGCACACCACUGGGCCGCAAGAAGCUCACCUAUGGCAGCAAUCUUCCUGGUCCGAUUAUUACCUAUAGCACAACCACACAGGAUGGUGAUCAGCAAAGUGGCAGCAGUGUCCAGUUACCGCAAUCAUCAUAUUUUGCACUUCAAUUGCCCUACACAUGCUUUGGCUUGGGUCGCACACCCAAUUUUGUGGAUCAAUUGGUGGUUGGUCUCUACAAUAGGUUCCACAAUUGGACACAGCUCAUACCCAACUCGCAGAUCAUAGUGGUGCCCAAGCCACUGGAUCAACCGCAGCACUGGAAAGCGUUGCUCUUUGUAACGCCCAGCAAACUGAUCUUAAUGAGUGUCAUAGCCCUAGGUGGCACUUGUCUAGUAAUUGUGCUCAUCAUACUGGUGCUCUACAUUAAAGAGAAACGCGAGGAUAGACAGGAGCGUUUGCAAGAGUCACACAGAUUCCAUUUCGAUGCAAUGUAAGCAAUUUAAAGGAAACAUUAGUAAUGUGUUUUGUCAACUAAGCAGUUGCUUUAUUUUAUUAUAUUUUUCGUUUUGUAAUUAACAUAUAUUCCCACAUACCUAAGUUCUUUUAAACUGUGCAAAAACAACAAAUCUAGGUUGGUUCUACACAAUGUUUAUGUACACACUUUGAAAUCUCAAAAAAUAAAGCCGUACCUAGAACCAGCUGGGAUUGCGCAUAAUAAUUGUAUAAUAUAUAGUUUAAAACAUGUGAUAAAAUAAAAAAAAAAUCCAAUGAAUAUGAUUAAUUA